AUGUGUUUCUCUGUAAAUGAAACUGCUUUUCUUGGCCUACAGAUCUUGACGCAACAACUGAUUCAUUCUUCAACUGUGGACGAAUCUGAGCAUCAGGACCCGAGCAACAGAAACAUGCAGUGGAAGUGGAGGCACUGCUGUACAAGCAUAGCUGGAUUUCUAGUUUUGCUCUUGUGUGUGGGAGUGUUCCUCAUCGUCAGCGAACACAGCCUGCUGGCAGGAAAGAAGAGCCACCAGGAGUACGGUGUAACUCACAUACCACCAAGGUCUGAGGGAAACCUCAGCUCCAUUCUGGAAGACUCCUCCCAGCAAGGGCUGAAGAACUCUGUGGAAUCUAAUGCCAGUUUAAGCAAGGAGGUAAGAGCAGGUAAUAUCCCUACGAUAGAACCCUACAACUACAUUAUCAAUGAAGAAGACAAGUGUCAGGAAAAGAAUCCUUUCUUAGUGUUACUGAUUACCGUUGAGCCCCAGAAUGUUCAAGCCAGGGAUGCCAUUAGGCAGACGUGGGGGAAUGAAAGCGUGGCUGAGGGCUUGGGAUUUGUGCGGCUCUUCCUUUUCGGCAUGACAGAAGGACUUACCAGCCAACUGCAGCGCUCCAUAGAGGCAGAGUCUCAACAGCAUCAUGACAUUAUCCAGCAAAAGUACAUAGACACAUAUUACAACCUUACCAUCAAAACACUGAUGGGAAUGCAUUGGAUAGCAACGUACUGCCCUGGGGCCAGUUAUGUCACGAAGACAGACAGCGACAUGUUUGUCAAUACAGAAUACCUCAUCCAAAAACUUCUCAAUCCAAACCUUCCGCAAAAACGAAAGUAUUUCACUGGGUAUCUCCUGCGUGGUGAGCCCCCACAUAGAAACAAAGACAGUAAGUGGUACAUGUCGCCGGAGCUGUACCCCGACCACGUGUACCCUACUUUUUGCUCAGGAACUGGAUAUGUCAUCUCAGGCGACCUGGCAGAGCUGAUCUACAGGACUUCUCUGAGCACACGAAGGCUGCAUCUUGAGGAUGUUUACGUAGCGAUCUGCUUGGCAAAACUGAGGAUAGAACCAGUUCCUCCGCCCAACAAAUCCCUAUUCAAUGUCAACCGGGUCCCAUACUCCAGCUGCAAGUACAGCAAUCUGAUAACCUCUCACGGGCUCCUUCCUGCUGAGAUAAUAAAGUACUGGCAGGACCUACAGAGCAACAAGCACAAUGCCUGCGACAAUACAGAGUAAAUCGACAAAGUUCGCAGGCUUUGCCAAA